GGAAGUUAGCUUAAAGAUCUUCGUAAAUAUAUAUUUACCCUUAGGUACUGGUGUUUGUGUACCACCCAGCUUCCAAAACUCUUGGCUUGAGCUGACAAUAAUAGAAAGCAGGCUUCGGGCAAAAUGGGAGAUUCUGAUUCAGGAAACAGAAAGCAAAAGAAUAUCAUUGCAAUACAUGGUGGCAGUGAUGAUGAUGCUGUUAUUGAUGUUGGGGAUCAGCCUGUGACACCAUUUGGGAGGAUUUUUAGGAGAUGGGAUACGGUUAUCUAUUCCAUGAUUUUCUUGAAAAAUGAAGUGGAUGAAGAUGUUCUCAGGGCAGAGUUCACUCAAGCCAUCUUAUUCAAUUAUAGGUUCUGCAGUGUGCUGGUCAAAGAUAAAAAGGGAAAAGAGUUUUGGCAGAAAACAGAGAUAGAGAUUGAAAAGCAUAUUAUAGUUUCUGAGUUGUCUCCUGAAGAUGCAAAAGAUGAGAGCUAUCCGAACAAAUUCCUUGCUGAUCUUAUUUUUAAGUGUCCUCUGGAUGAGCAGCGUCCCCUCUGGGAUGUUCACGCAUUUCGAGUGAAUUUGAAAGAUGCAAGAGGUGUUUUCAUAAUCCGAGUGCAUCAUGCUCUUGGAGAUGGAAUUUCCCUCUUAUCGUUUGCUCUGUCAAGGUGCCGAAGAGUAGCCGAACCAGAUAUACCACUAGUACUUCCUAAUCCCAUUAGAUUCCCAACAGACACUCGCGUGCAUAAGUUCAAAGUUUUUCACUUCAUUUUUUUGCUGUGGAAACUGAUCUUAUUUGCAUGGAAUACAUUCAUCGAUGUCAUGUAUUUUGCUUUACGAAUAAUAUGGCUUCAAGACAGCAAGAUGCCAGUCAAGGGGUACGCAGGGGUUGAGCUAUGGCCAAAGAAGUUAGCAACAGCUGUCUUUACUAUAAGUGAUAUGGGUGUUGUCAAGGAUGCAGUAAAUGGGACGAUAAAUGAUGUCUUGGUCACUGUUAUUUCUUCUGGCUUUCGACGAUACUUGGAGAUGAAAUGCCCUGAAAUGGAAAGAAAAGGUUUAAUUGAGAAACUCAGGUUAUCAGGUUUAUGCAUGGUAAAUACAAGAAUGGCAACUGGAAACCAGGAGCUGUCAAAGCUGUUGAAGGGAGACCCAACCGCAAGGUGGGGAAAUAACAUGGGAUUCAUUCUUCUCCGUUUAUGCCUGAAAAAGUUCAAGGACCCUCUUGAUUCUGUCAGACUUACAAAGGCUAUGCUUGAGCGCAAGAAGACAUCACUUGAAGCAAUUUUUACUUAUGCAUUUGCAGCAUUGGUCAUGAAACUCAUGGGUACCAAGGCUGCUGCAUGCAUCGAUUACAGAGCUUUGGCAAACACUACUUUCACAAUGUCAAAUGUUCGUGGUCCAUCAGAUGAAAUCAUGUUUGCAGGAAAUCCACUUUCUUUCAUUUCUGCAACAUGCUCUGGCUUGCCACAAUCUAUCACAUUGCACAUGGUGAGCUAUAUGGGAAAGGCAUAUUUACAAGUCCUAGUGGCAAGAGAUGUCAUACCAGAUCCAGAAGUACUUGCAAGGUGCUUUGAGGAUUCGCUUAAGGAGCUGAAAGAUGCUGCAACAAUGAAGACUGGGGUUGCUAAUGGAUCAACUAAUGGGUAUCACCCAUAGCUUUUAUCCAUUAGCAGCAGUUGGGUGCUCUCUUCUUUUAAGAAUUGCAUUUGCUUUCGAACUUUCUUUGCCAAGGUGAUAUUUGAAUUAUAGAUAUUGAGGCUGAGGAGAUGAACUAAUUAUGCGGUCCAUGUUCCGUAAAACCUAAUUUUAUAUCCACUAUGGAUAGUAACAUUGAAACAAAUGUUGUGAUUAAGGAUUAUAUUAAUACUAGCUUCAUAUGUGUGUUCAAUGCAA